AUCUGGCUUUAUUUUAAAGAAAGCUUCAUCAUGAACGGCCACCUGUGCUGGGAGCACCUGUCACCGAUACUGACGGGUCACUGAGAACCUUCAGCUUCUGUUCCGCUGUGCUGGAAACAGCGCCCCCCGGUGGACCGAUCUGCACGCUCCGGGCAGCUGGGGGAUUUCCUGGGCGGAAGCAGCGGAGGGGGUUUCCAGUGUGUUCAGCCCCGUCCUGCUGCUGGAUCUCUGAACUGAUCCCAGCUCCGUCCGCCUCACACAGACCGCACGACACGGAGACCUGAACCCGAAGCUGGACCAUGAGGAGUCCGUCCCAGGCCCCGAGGUUCCGAGACAGUAGCAGGUUGACGGUUUGAAUCCCGCGGAGAGGAGCCGCCGAAAAGGAGGUCCCGGGGAGUCCUGAGGAGUCCUGAGGAGCUGUGGCCUGCGGAGGAGAUUCAUGUCAUGUCCGCAGGGAGGAGUGCUGACGGCAGGGAGGUGCAGAUUCCCCUCCAGCAGGUGGCGCCCUCCCUUAUCUCGCCCCUCUCGGCAGCCCCACCCUCUCACCGCCAAACCAAUCUGUGGCCUCCAAGCGAGCCUGUUGGUCAGCAAGGUGUGCCCGCAGGCUUCCUGCCUAUUCAUGGAGGCUUCAGAGAUCACUUUGUAGAAACUCCAGAAGCCAAAUACUGCUGCGAGGCCUGCAGGCUGGUCCUGUGUCAGCCCCGCCAGACCGAGUGUGGACACCGCUUCUGUCAGAGCUGCAUCAGCGACAUCCUCAGUCAUCCAAACCCGGUGUGUCCAGCUGACAUGGAGCCUCUGUUCAGAGAUAAGAUCUUCAGAGACGUUUGCUGCCAUCGGGAAAUCAUGGCGCUGAAGGUUUACUGUCGCAGUGAGGCUAACGGCUGUCAGGAGCAGAUCAGUCUGCAGCAGAUACCUGUUCCCUGUCCGCUGGGAAAAUGUAAAGAGAGGAUGAUGAGAAAGGAGAUUCCCGACCACCUGAGCUGGAAGUGCAAACACAGAGAGACCACCUGCGAGUUCUGCAACACCAAGAUGCCUCUGACGGACCUGCAGAAACACAAAGAGACAGUUUGUCCGGCGUUCCCUGUGACGUGUCCCAACCAUUGCUCCUUCACCUCCCUGCCCCGGAGCGAGCUUUCCAGCCACCAGCACGACUGUCCCAAAGCUCAGGUCAGCUGUCAGUUCCACCGCUAUGGCUGCACGUUCAAGGGUUUGAACCAGGACAUGAGGCAGCAUGAGUCCACCUUUGCAGCUGAACACCUGAAGAUGAUGGCCAACAGGAACCUGUCAUUAGAGAACAAGGUGGAGGAUGUGAAAGGUGAGCUGAUGGAGCGGUACAAGGUGCUUCCUGCUCUCAGCAGCCGACUGUCUGAGCUGGAGAACCAGAAUGAAGAGCUGAGGGAGAAGAACCGACAGAUGGAGCAGAAACUCGCCACCAUGCAGAAACUGAUGAGCUCUCAUUCAGAGAAGCUGCUGGAGGUGGAGCUGGAGCUUUGUUCUCUACGUCUGCUCAGAGAUGAGGUGGAGAGCCUACGAGGAACACUGGAGGGUGUACGGACGAGGCUUGCCGCUCUGGAACAAGGAGGACGCGGUGGAUCUGGAGCCACAACACACACACUGGCGUCCCUGGAGGCUCAGCUGAAUCGCCAUGAUGACAUGCUGAGUGUCCACGAGGUCCGACUGGCUGACAUGGACCUGCGCUUCCAAGUGCUGGAGACGGCGAGCUACAACGGGACUCUAAUCUGGAAGAUCCGCGACUACAAGAGACGGAAACAGGAAGCAGUGGCAGCGAAGACGCUGUCGCUGUACUCGCAGCCAUUUUACACCGGAUAUUUCGGGUACAAGAUGUGCGCUCGAGUCUACCUGAACGGAGACGGCAUGGGCAAGGGGACCCACCUGUCGUUGUUCUUUGUGGUGAUGAGGGGCGAGUACGACGCCCUGCUGCCCUGGCCCUUUAAACAGAAGGUGACCCUCAUGCUGAUGGACCAGGGUCCCUCCAGGAAGCACCUGGGUGACGCCUUCAAACCGGACCCGAACAGCAGCAGCUUCCGACGUCCGGUGGCCGAGAUGAACAUCGCCUCCGGCUGCCCGCUGUUUGUGUCUCAGAGCGUCCUGGAGGCCGGGUCCUACAUCAAAGAUGACACCAUCUUCAUCAAGGUUACCGUGGAUACCUCUGACCUUCCUGAGCUGUGACCAUGUGAUCUGACUGAUGUUACCAGUCUGCACCUGGCAGAGCAAAGGAUAAUGGGAAGGACCAGAGAUGGAGGCUUGCCCAGCUGAGAGCAGCCCCAACAGAAGAAGACGAGGAGGAGACAGGAAGCAGCCAAUCAGAGUGAACUUUAUAGACUGGAAGGACAAUCCUGUUCUGAUUGGCUGAUGGACUACAGAAUUGUGUGUGUGUCCGUGUGUGCGUGUGUGAAUGGAUCAGUGUCACCGUGGUGACAGAACUCAGAGCCAACAUGGCCGCCACAAUGAGGACAUUGUUGCUGCUCAUUACUGAUGCUGUGCAUCGAGCUUUACUUCCUGGUAUUACACGUUUACAGAGGCAUGCUGGGAAAUCCACCACACCCACAGAGUGGCUCAGAAAACUAGUUAUGACCAGCUGAAACUGAUCCUGGUAAAGUGAAGAGCAGUUAGUGAGGAUGGUAGUACAGUUUUAUCUUAAGUGGGCGGGACCAGUGAAACUGUGAUGUUGAAGUAGAAGAAGCUGCUGCAGGAAAUGAUAGACAUCUUUCAGUGCGACUUUUCAGGCUUUUAAACAGGACAACGUUCUGGUAGCUCAGAGUGUCCUGUGAUAAUAAAACAAAGAUGUCCUUUUAUUUUCUCCUCUGUGGCUGCGGUGGGUUUCCAAGCAUCGACAGAAUUCUUGUGAGUUGUUUGGUUCAUUUGCACACUUUGAAAGUUUUGAAUGUUUGUGUGGAAAUAAAAACUGACAGAA